UCUAAAUAAUUCUAGAUGGCGAUACUAGGUGAAUUUAGGUUAGGAUUCUCUGGAGUAUCUUUAAGGUUAUUGAUCACGCAUAAGUUUUAUCCGGCGAGGAUGAGUUUGAGAUGCAUUUACGACAUCGUCGUUCGUCGGAAUGUGCGAGUCCAAAAAGGCAUUCUCGGGAGAUUCUUCGCCACAGAUGUAACAGAUCUAAAAAACAAGGACAUCGACAUAACUGCUGUGGCUGAUGAGAAACCAGAGUAUUCUGUAAUGGACAGUCCGGGAUUUCAAGAGGAACUCGCCAGGAAGCGAAACAAGUCUCGACUGGAUCCGGCACACAGAAACAUACUCAUGGAUCUGCGUCCUUAUGAUAAGCCUAUGGCCUGGCAUCACUAUAGAGUCAAGUACAAGAAACAUAUGUUGGGUAGAUAUGGACUGAAAGGCAAUGAUGAGCCAGCAGGAUUUGCUUGGCCUACGGAGAAAGAACUCGCAGAUGUUAAAGAGUACGAGAGAGUCACUUGUGAAUUUUCUCUUCAGAAAAGAUGGAGGAAGAUGGAAGAGGCAAAACAGAAAAGGAUCGAAAAGAUUAAAGCAAGGGAAAAUCAAUUGCUGGAGAGAAUCAUGAAAAUGGAUGAAUGGUCAAACGAAUUGAGAACUAAACUUGCUAAGAAGGAAGCUGAGCUAGAAGCUGCGAGAUUGCGGAAGGAACGUCUGGUGGAAGAAGUCAGAAGACACUUUGGCUUCAAGAUUUCGUUCCAUGAUGAAAGAUUCAAAGAGAUGAUUGCGCAGAAAGAAAAGGAGGAGAAAAGGAAGAGAAAGGAGGCCAAGAAGCAGGCGAGAAUGGAGAAAUUAAGUAGUUUACAUGAAAAAAACUCAGCCAAAAACAAUAACGAAGAACAGGUAACCGAUUCGACGAAACCUGUAGAAUGAUACUUUUGUUCGUAAAAAAUAAAAGAUAAAAUUUUAAUUGUA